AUGUCAUACCAACAAAAGGGUCUUAUUGCCGCAAUAGCAGAGGUUCUUCCGGAGGCGGAAAUCAGAUGUUGUGCCAGACAUGUUUAUUGUAAUUUUAGGGACAUAUACGGGGGAGGUCAACAAUAUAGGAAACUGUUUUGGAAGAUAGCAAAAAGCACAACCGAAAAUAAGUUCAAGGAAAACAUUCAGCUUUUCAGAGACAUAUCAGAUGCAGCAGCUAAUGAUUUGCUUAACAGAAAUUAUAAAAAAUGGUGUAGAGCGUUCUAUACUGCGCAAUCAUGUUGUGACACUAUCGAUAAUAAUAUGAGUGAAGUAUUCAAUGCUUACAUUUUAAACUCGAGGCAUAAACCCAUAAUAAGUAUGCUUGAAGAUAUAAGAGAGGGGUUGAUGGAUAGGUUGCAUAAGAAAAGGUAUCUCAUUGGUAAGAAAGAUUGUUUGUUAUGCCCUAGAAUCCAACAACAACUAGAAAAGGCUAAGAUUGGUGCUAGGGGUUGGUCUGCAUUUUGGGAUGGAGCAUUCUGUUAUGGUGUUAGAGAGGGUGCAACUCAGGUGAAAUAUGUUGUGAAUCUACUUGAUAGAACAUGUAGUUGCAAUGCAUGGCAGCUAAAUGGAAUCCCAUGCAACCAUGCUAUUGCUGCCAUUUGGAAUAAAGUGGAGCACCCGGAGCACUACGUUAGUGAGUAUUAUAAGAAGGAAUCAUAUUUAAAGGCUUAUAAGUAUUUGUUGGAGCCCGUGAACGGCCCACAAGAGUGGAUAGCUGUUGAUGAAUCUCCAAUUCUACCCCCUCCUUUGAAAAAGGUCAGAAAUAGACGCGCAAUCAAAAGAAAAAGGCAAGCGGGUGAGGUUACUGCAGCUGGUAAGAGAAGGAGAACUGGAGCCAUUAUGAGAUGCAGUGUAUGUGGUGAAGAAGGUCAUAAUAAGAGAAGUUGCAAAAGCUCUCUAACACAAAGCAAUGACUACCAUAACAAUAUGACAGCGAGCACCGAACAGCCACCGAAAUCCAAGCAAAAGAGAAAGGAAAGAGUUGCUGGAACUCUUGCAACUGAAAGGGCUCAACCACCAUUGCAUACCAGCCACAAUCCAACUCCACCGCCUAUGCAUAACAGGGGUUUUGGGGUUUAUACUUAUCCAAACGGUUUUCAAAGACAAGCAUCUAAUCAUGAGGAGUUUUUGCAGAAACAAGAGUAG